CGCAAUCUGUGUCAAUUGCCGGGCGACGUAGCGCGAAUAAAGGCCGUAUCCUAUUUCUGACUGUGGGGUUUUAAGCCUGUGAGGCUGCGUUUAACCCCGUUUGUCUACAUGGCAGGUUUAUGGUUUAUGUUUUAAUUUUCCUGUUGCGUGUUUGUGGCCGACCAUCGCUGCAUCGUCACCGUGUUUUUGCGCUGUAAUGACAGGUUUUCAAGUUAGAGCGCACAGGAUGACGCCUUUCUCUGUGAUCGCUCGAUGCAAAAGGUGCACCAGGGAGGUUUCUGUCUUUGUGUUCAUAUUUUAUAUUCAAUAGACACCAGGGGGCUUUGAAGGGGGACAGAACGGUGCGACAACCACACACAGAAUGAGGAUUUUUUUUCCUUUCUGAAAAUCGGCGAUGUUAAUGAACAAUAAUUAAUCCUCGGGGCCAAGUUAAUUGGUUAAGGGGGUUAAAGCCACGUUUCGACUCGUUCAGCUGUGUAAUGUCCCAUUUUCGAGUGUAGUGAACGGCUCGUUGUCCAGGUUCACUGGGCUACAGGCAGAUCAGCAGGCAGCGGAGCAGACCUGAUUGUCUCGCAGAUAAAGAUGGUGUUUCGGAGUGAGGAGAUGUGCUUGGCGCAAUUGUUCCUGCAGUCCGGUUCUGAAUAUGACUGCAUUAGAGAGCUCGGAGAGCUGGGGCUGGUCGAGUUUCGAGAUCUUAACCCCAGUGUCAGCUCCUUCCAGCGGCGCUUUGUCAGCGAAAUCAAGAGAUGUGAGGAGAUGGAGAGAAUUCUGGGCUACCUUCUGAGGGAGAUCCAAAAGGCUCACAUCGCCAUCCCACAGGAGGAUGAGAGUCCACUGGCUCCUCCCCCCAGACAAGUCCUGGAGAUCAUGGAGCAGCUCCAGAGGCUGGAGAUGGAGCUCAGCGAGGUGGCAAGGAAUAAAGAGAAGCUGCAGAGGAACCUCCUGGAGCUCACCGAGUACACGCACAUGCUGAAGAUCACGGGGACCUUCAUACAUAGCCGCUCUAGACAUGAGGCUCUUGGUCCCCAGUAUGAAGAAUUCCCCACUAUGGAAACAGACUCAGUCACAGGAUGCACUGGUAUGCAGAGACUUGGAGCCAAGCUAGGGUUUGUUUCAGGUCUUAUCCAGCGGGUGAAGGUUGAGGCCUUUGAGCGUAUGUUGUGGAGAGUGUGUAAGGGUUACACCAUCCUCAGCUAUGCAGAAGUAGAUGAGAACCUGGCUGAUCUGGACACUGGUGAGAUAAACAAAAGUGUUGUGUUUCUUAUCUCUUUCUGGGGAGACCAGAUUGGACAGAAAGUUCAAAAGAUCUGCGAUUGUUACCACUGCCAUCUUUAUCCACACCCUGAGAAUGAUGAGGAGAGGGCAGAUGUGUUGGACAGCUUAAGGACUCGCAUCCAGGACCUUAACAAUGUGCUGCAUCGCACUGAGGACUACUUGAGGCAGGUCCUGCAGAAGGCUUCAGAGUCAGCCUACUCCUGGGUUGUGCAGGUGAAAAAGAUGAAGGCUAUAUAUCAUAUCCUCAACCUCUGCAGCUUUGAUGUUACCAAUAAGUGUCUGAUAGCUGAGGUGUGGUGUCCUGUCAGUGACCUGGCAAACCUACGGGGGGCGCUGGAAGAGGGCGCGAGAAAAGGUGAUGCCACUGUACCAUCCUUUGUGAACCUCAUCCCAAGCGCUGACACUCCUCCUACAAUGUUAAGAACCAACAAGUUCACAUCUGGCUUUCAGAGCAUUGUGGAGGCUUAUGGGGUGGGGGACUAUCGCGAGGUAAGCCCAGCUCCCUACACCAUCAUCACAUUCCCUUUUUUAUUUGCUGUGAUGUUUGGUGACCUUGGGCACGGGAUGGUAAUGAGUCUCUUUGCCUUAUGGAUGGUGCUGACAGAGAAAAAGCAGAAGAAGAAACGUUCCAACAAUGAGAUCUGGGCAAUGUUUUUCAGCGGGCGUUACAUCAUCCUAUUGAUGGGACUUUUCUCCGUCUACACUGGGCUGAUCUACAAUGACUGUUUCUCUAAGUCUCUCAACAUAUUUGGCUCUGGCUGGAGCAUCAAGGCUAUGUUCACAAGUCAGCAGUGGACAAACAAAACACUCCAAACAAAUGCUUUGCUCACAUUAGACCCUAAUAUUAGUGAUGUUUUCAGUGGACCAUAUCCAUUUGGCAUUGAUCCUAUAUGGAACAUGGCGGUGAACCGACUGUCCUUCCUCAACUCCUACAAAAUGAAGAUGUCAGUUAUUAUUGGGGUCAUCCACAUGAGCUUUGGAGUAGUGCUGAGUGUCUUCAAUCACUUGCACUUCCAACAGAAAUCUAAUGUCUAUCUGCUAUUUAUUCCCGAGCUGCUCUUCCUGCUCUGUCUCUUUGGCUACCUGGUCUUCAUGAUUUUCUACAAGUGGUUGGCAUUCUGUGCACGAGACUCCAACCAGGCUCCCAGCAUCCUCAUCCACUUCAUAAACAUGUUCGUCAUGCAGGGGCAGGAGAUCACUCCUCUGUACCCAGGACAGACUGGGCUGCAGAUUCUCUUAGUUGCCAUAGCUAUGCUGUCAGUUCCUGUGCUGCUGUUGGGAAAACCUAUUUACUUGUAUUGGAUAUUUCGUGGAGGUAAAAGCCUGCGCAGACUCAGGGGUUAUGAGAGGGUGAGGCGUGUAAGUGAGGAUGACAGUUCUGCAGCACCGUCCUAUGAAGAUGAUGAAGAGGAAGAAUUUGAUGAAAAGAGUGGCAAGGAAACUCUUCCCAAAGAGUUUGACUUUGCAGAUGUGCUCUUGCACCAGGCCAUUCACACUAUAGAGUACUGCCUGGGCUGCAUUUCCAACACUGCGUCCUACCUGCGUCUCUGGGCGCUCAGCUUGGCUCAUGCCCAGCUGUCGGAGGUGUUGUGGACCAUGGUGAUGCGCCUAGGUCUGAGGAUCACCACAAGAGUGGGGGUAGUGUUUCUGUUCCCUGUGUUCGGCCUCUUCGCUACACUCACAGUGUUUAUCCUACUAGUCAUGGAAGGCUUGUCGGCGUUCCUCCAUGCUCUCCGCCUUCACUGGGUGGAAUUUCAGAACAAAUUCUAUCAUGGGACUGGAGUCAAGUUUGUGCCCUUCGACUUCUCCCUUCUACCCUCUGUUUUUGAGCAAGAUGGCUUGCUUUAAAGAUAUGGACCCUGAUGUGCAGGAUAUGAGCAGAAGGAGACUUUCUGAUUAGAAAAGAUGCUGGAAUGAUUCACACUGUGAUAACGACAACAAACCUGCGAGACAGCGGAUUGAGACUCACUCUUGUAGCAACGUUUUUCAAGGUGAAGAUUUUUAAAAUGUUUUUGGCUGUGCUGACUGCCUUAUUACACUGUACCCAGCAAACCUCUGAACACACAGAGGUUCAAAGUCCUUGUUCUGUUCAUGAUUACAUUUUGUAGAUGAGAUACUGCUCAACACUACUUGUCACAACAGUUGGGUGAAUUUAAAUAUUUGAUUUGCAUUGUGCUAGAUAAACUGGUUUUGUAUUAUCUACAACAUGGUGUUUAAAAUGAACAGUUCAGCAGUACAAGGUAAGGUUUAAAUGCAUAUAUAUCAAAGAUCAUAUAAAGCUUUUGGCAGUUUUUUUUUUACUACUUCUCCAUGUGAGGGACGAAAAGCUGUGGGUAUCACAGUCUAGGUAAAAAACAAAAAAUGACAUCCUUUUUGUGAGGCAUCUUGUCACAAAGCACUUUGCAGAAAUGAUUGUACAAUUUAAGGUUUUCACUAAUGACCAUGAUGAUGCCAAAUGAAAAUAAUCAACAUUAGCUGUUUGCUUCUCUACUUAUUAAUGCAUUUAUUUAAACAUAGCUUCCCCUGUAACUCCAGCAAAAGUCAAGAAGCCUUAGGUCUUUCUCUGAUGAUACUACUUAUUGCAUUUCUUAAUGGUAAUAAAUCGUGGUAUUUAUUUAAAUUAUUGUCUGUACAAGAGUCUAAUAUUUUAUCAUUUUGAUGUGUUCUGAGAAAUGUAAGCAAAUAAAACAUUCAUGUUCCAUG